AUGAGGCGUAUAGCGAAUGUGUUGGCCUUGAACUUGCCGGCUUCACGGGGGAUACCGCGGUCGACGCCGCCCUUGAAGCCGUUCAGGUUGGUCGCCGAAGGCGAUAUGAUUCCGGUCUUUGGAACGCCUCCCCCAGAGUCUAGGCGGGCUUUGCGCCGACACUACGUCGAACUGGCGCGCCAGUCAAACACCCAUCACACUUCUCUCGAAAGGACCCGCUCGCUCUCCUACUCUCUGCGAUGGGCAUACGAAUCAAUCGUCGCCAUCCAGCCCGCCGGCGACCUCGUUAUGCUCCGAGUUGCCCCAGGCAGCCUCUGGCCCUUGCGAAAGCCCCCCAUGUCGCUCAGCUUUGGUGACUGGAUGACCUCCCAGCACGUUGGCCUUGAAUACGAUGCCGGCUGGAUCGCCGGCCUGCAAGACGCGACGUUCCAGAGCCUGCUCCAAGAAGAGACUCCGCGGGGCUUCCUUAACCGCACAGCCGUAGGCGCCAACCACGCCACCACCGUUCUUUGGCUGGUUGAUCAGACAAUCGAGAGAACCGAGACCACCGCUGCCGACGGCCGCAAUGACCUUUGCACCUUCCAUGGAGGCGGCUCGAUGGAGUUCGUCGAGGGUCCUCGCGAUCUUCCUCACGGGAGUGGGUUGACAACUGCCUUCUCUAUUGCAUUUAACAGAAAACUUCUGGCUUUUUACACGGCAAAUGGGUUGGAAGCAAAUAGGAAAAGGUUCAAUGUCCUACCUCGCCAGCAGAUCACUUGCUCUACACCAGCUGGCCGUUAA